CAUCUAUCCAAUCCCGAAUAAACCGGUAUUAUCUCCUCAACUACACGACUAAACCGAACUACUUCCUCACAAUAACCUAUCGCAUACAUCUCUGCAAGCCUUGAACAGGUGGGUUGCUCUCUUACUGCAUGCACUGUUUAGCUGUCAAGACGUCGCAAUAUGGCAGAGAGGCAUGCGUGCUGCAGCCACGGCGUAAUAUCCACUAUUAUGUUUCGUGCGGAUGUCCCUGCCUGUUACGGGUUAAAAAGCAAUCUUUCUGCACUUAUCCAAUUUCCAAGUCAAUUCAGGCCGCUAAGAAAUACCUUACAGAUCUCCAUAACGAGUCCGUUUCUCGAAGACCGAGCCUGCCUAAUGCCACAGUCAUUUGACGUCGCCGCCACUAGGGACGAUAUCGCCUGCAUCCUUAUGCGUAGUUCAUGCCAAGAUCUCAACGACAAACGCAAUCGGUUCGUCCCACGAGGCAGUUUAGUGUCCCAACUUGACCACAAGAAGGUAUCAAGCUUGUUAGGCACACUUAUUCCUUCCGACACCGCUAAAGUCGCCGAUAUUGCACAUUUCAUUAGUCCUGACAAUCAAAAAGGAUGUCUUUGUGACGAUGCUUUAUGCACGGGACUGAGAAUUAUCUUCGCGACAUUAUUCAUACUAGGCAAACCGGAAGUAAUAUUGGAUAUUUACCAAUCUUCAGUUCAUAUCUGUGAUGGAGCAUGGCCAUGCAACGACCCCACCUUGCCAACCUACUCCUCUCGUGCUGCUGAGGCCCUUCGGGAAGUCUUGCAAGCUCUAGAUGCACACAACGAGGAACUAUUCCACCAACUGCAAUGGCAAAUGAGGUCUCCGCAUUUCAGUAAAUCGAGCACAAAUACUAGCAAGCAGCCUUACCGUCUAUUGCAUAAUGAAAUCACGUUGCCAUGGUCAGAGCUCAACAUGCAGGGGGAAAUACUCGAUGGGCAAGUCUCGUUUGUGCAAAAAAUCAGCAUUCACCGAGAUCAUCACGACUUUUCAGACCAUGCCAAAACACCCGUAGAGCAUUUUGCUUUGAAGGUUACCGAUAAGGAGCACACGACGAAGGCUGCCGAGACUUCUUUCAUAAACGAGAUUGCUGCCAAUCAAAGAACAACCCACCCUCGUAUAACACCACUGCUUUCUGCCUUCAAACACCGAAAUCGAUAUUAUCUCCUAUUCCCCUGGGCUGACGGCGACAGUCUCUACGAGCUGUGGAGAAAGCAUGGCUUACAUCAUAUUUCUACUGAGCAUUGUCCGCCUUGGUACUCAGUUCGGUGGAUGAUAGAUCAAUGCUACUACAUAGCCGACGCCUUAGCCACGGUUCAUGGCUAUGAUUCUUGUGAAGGGGGGCGCUCUUCCGAGGCUCAGCUUCAUCUCGACAUCAAGCCGGAGAACGUUGUCUGCUUCCAAAAGUCCCACGACGGCAAAGUCUCAUACGACUUGAAGCUAACGGACUUUGGUCUCUCUAAACCUUUCAAUCGGAGUUCUCCGUCACGUCCGAGACAGAAGGCGGAGACAAAGACGUAUCGGCCGCCCGAGCGAGACACGGAUCUUGGGAAGUCGGUGGUGGAUGAACCUUUCGACAUAUGGUGUUUGGGAUGCCUGUUUCUCGACUUUAUCACCUGGGCCAUCGAGGGGUGGGGCGGAGUUGAGAGCUUCCGCGAAAGCCGCCUUUUAGAGACCGAUGAGGACGACGUCGACCCAGAAUUUCCCCCGGUACUAGAAGAUACUUUCUUCAAAAAGAGGGUGCAACGAAGGACAUGGUGGUGGCCACGCAGAAUUUCUCGGACAAUUGUUGCAGAUCUGAAGCCCUCAGUAGUUUCGCAAUUCCGGUAUCUCCGCGACCAUGCACGAUGCACCGAGGAAUUGAGGAGAUUCCUCAGUCUCGUCCAGUCCAGAAUGCUGCUCGUUGACGGCAGUGCACGAGCAGCAUCGAAUGAGGUUCGAGAUGUCCUGCAGGUGUGGAAGCAGAGCUUCAUAGAGCACAGAGCCGAGACACAAAACCUCAAUCCGACUAAUCAGCGGGUGCAUGGGCAAACGAAUUCAGGCCUUUGCUAGUGGCUCUGGAAGUAUGCAGAUGACUUGUAUGUGGCCGGCGCAUGCAGCACUCCAACAUUGGGGUACGUGGAAUUGGGCAUUAACGUGGCGUUUGCGGAUUGGGAAUCAUUGCUUCACUCUUGGGCACCAUAAGUCUGGACCGGCAGAUGAAAGUGUCGCUUGUUUGUGACUUUUUCUUUUCGGAACGAUGGUCCUUGGCGAAGAAGCGCGUUUACUCCGACAAGAUUCCCUUAUGGUUGAUUGAAAACGU